AACACGUAACGUCUUUUCAUUAAUUUCAGAUAUUUUAUUUUAUUUUUCAUAGAUGCACAGACAGGGACAUACUCUAGUUAGAAUUCAACAAUUCAUUUCUCGGCUACCCAGAAUUCCACCUUCCCCAUCGUUGAACAUUAGUUUAACUACAAUACAGAAGGCCAGUGCUUCACCAACGUAUUUUCGAUUUGAAGAACCCUCUACCCCUCUGUAUUCUCUCUCUCUGGAUCUCCUUCUCCCUUGUAUGUUUCGUCUCGGAGGGUUCCCGGGUUUCUUUACUUAAGAUCUCCUCUCCCUUGUACCAAAUCGGCCCAUUCCUUAGUCUCGCUGAUCUCCAUCAUGGCGGCUGCUAAUGCUCCGAUCACUAUGAAAGAGGCCCUUACAUUGUCAAGUAUAGGGGUGAACCCGCAGUUCAUUACAUUCACAAAUGUUACCAUGGAAUCAGACAAGUAUAUAUGUGUUCGAGAGACGGCACCACAAAGUAGUGUGGUGAUUGUUGAUAUGAAUAUGCCAAUGCAGCCUUUGCGCCGCCCUAUUACUGCUGACUCUGCUCUUAUGAAUCCCAAUUCCAGAAUUUUGGCUCUAAAAGCUCAAGUACCAGGAACUACUCAAGAUCACUUACAAAUUUUUAAUAUUGAGGCAAAGCAGAAAAUGAAGUCACAUCAGAUGCCCGAGCAGGUUGUUUUCUGGAAGUGGAUUACUCCGAAGAUUUUAGGAAUUGUCACACAAACCUCAGUCUAUCAUUGGCCAAUUGAAGGUGAUACUGAGCCUGUAAAGAUGUUUGAUAGAACAGCCAACCUAGCCAAUAACCAAAUAAUCAAUUAUCGUUGUGAUCCUUCAGAGAAAUGGUUGGUUUUGAUUGGUAUUGCCCCAGGUUCACCGGAGAGGCCCCAACUGGUCAAAGGAAAUAUGCAACUAUUUUCAGUUGAUCAGCAACGGAGUCAAUCCCUCGAGGCUCACGCUGCAUCAUUUGCAUCAUUCAGAGUACCUGGAAGUGAUAGGGAUUCCAUACUCAUUUCUUUUGCCACGAGAAGCUUGAAUGCUGGACAGGUUGUAUCAAAGUUGCAUGUCAUUGAGCUGGGAGCCCAGCCAGGGAAACCCUCAUUUACAAAAAAACAGGCGGAUCUUUUCUUCCCUCCAGAUUUUGCUGAUGAUUUCCCAGUUGCCAUGCAGAUAUCUCAUAAGUAUAGUUUAAUUUUUGUCAUCACAAAGCUUGGGCUUCUUUUUGUCUAUGACCUGGAAACAGCUACUGCAGUUUACAGAAAUAGGAUUAGCCCAGACCCUAUUUUCCUGACAGCUGAAGCUUCGUCAGUUGGUGGGUUUUAUGCCGUCAACAGGCGAGGCCAAGUGUUGCUAGCCACAGUAAAUGAAACAACUAUUAUACCUUUUAUCAGUGGCCAAUUGAACAAUCUGGAGCUUGCUGUCAAUCUUGCUAAAAGAGGAAACCUUCCAGGUGCUGAGAAUUUGGUCGUCCAGCGCUUUCAAGAGUUGUUUGCUCAAACCAAGUACAAAGAGGCUGCUGAGCUUGCUGCUGAAUCACCUCAGGGCAUACUCCGGACGCCUGAUACUGUUGCCAAAUUUCAGAGUGUUCCUGUUCAACCAGGGCAAACACCUCCUCUUUUGCAGUACUUUGGGACACUUUUGACAAAAGGGAAGCUCAAUGCUUUUGAGUCAUUAGAACUGUCACGCCUUGUUGUCAACCAAAAUAAGAAGAACCUUUUGGAGAACUGGUUAGCUGAGGAUAAGUUGGAGUGCAGUGAGGAUCUUGGUGACCUUGUGAAGACUGUUGAUAAUGACCUUGCCUUGAAGAUAUACAUCAAAGCAAGAGCAACUCCAAAAGUUGUCGCUGCUUUUGCGGAGCGCAGGGAGUUUGACAAGAUUCUGAUAUAUUCCAAACAGGUUGGAUAUACACCUGACUAUCUGUUCCUCCUGCAAACAAUUCUUCGAUCUGAUCCUCAGGGAGCUGUUAACUUUGCACUCAUGAUGUCCCAAAUGGAGGGAGGAUGUCCAGUUGAUUAUAAUACAAUCACUGACCUUUUUCUCCAGAGGAACUUGAUCCGCGAGGCAACAGCAUUUUUGUUGGAUGUUCUGAAACCUAACCUUCCAGAACAUGGUUUUUUGCAGACUAAGGUAUUGGAAAUCAAUCUUGUGACUUUCCCCAAUGUAGCAGAUGCUAUAUUAGCAAAUGGAAUGUUCAGUCACUAUGAUCGAUCUCGAAUUGCUCAACUUUGUGAAAAAGCUGGUCUUUACGUCCGGGCUCUGCAGCACUAUUCUGAGCUCCCUGAUAUCAAGCGUGUCAUUGUGAACACACAUGCCAUUGAGCCUCAGGCUCUGGUUGAGUUCUUUGGGACUCUUUCGCGUGAAUGGGCUCUUGAGUGCAUGAAAGACCUCCUAGUGAUCAAUAUCAAAGGCAACCUUCAAAUAAUUGUUCAGGUUGCAAAAGAGUAUUGUGAGCAGUUGGGUAUUGAUGCCUGCAUAAAGCUUUUUGAGCAGUUCAAGUCUUAUGAUGGGUUGUACUUCUUCUUGGGAUCAUAUUUGAGUUCCAGUGAGGAUCCUGAUAUUCACUUCAAAUAUAUUGAGGCAGCUGCCAGGACUGGACAAAUCAAGGAGGUUGAGCGCGUCACAAGAGAAUCAAACUUCUAUGACCCUGAAAAGACGAAGAACUUCUUGAUGGAAGCCAAACUUCCCGAUGCUCGGCCUCUUAUUAAUGUUUGUGACCGCUUUGGUUUUGUUCCUGAUCUCACACACUACCUCUAUACCAACAAUAUGCUACGGUACAUUGAAGGUUAUGUCCAAAAGGUCAACCCAGGAAAUGCUCCUUUAGUUGUGGGACAGUUAUUGGAUGAUGAGUGUCCUGAGGAUUUUAUUAAAGGCUUGAUCCUUUCCGUUCGUUCUCUGCUUCCUGUUGAGCCCCUUGUGGAUGAAUGUGAAAAGAGGAACCGCCUCCGACUGCUUACUCAGUUUUUGGAGCAUCUUGUGAGUGAAGGAAGCCAAGAUGUGCAUGUACACAAUGCUCUGGGUAAGAUCAUCAUAGAUAGCAACAAUAACCCGGAGCACUUCCUGACGACCAAUCCAUAUUAUGAUUCACGUGUUGUGGGUAAAUAUUGUGAGAAGCGCGAUCCUACCCUUGCUGUUGUUGCAUAUCGGAGAGGGAACUGUGAUGAUGAACUUAUCAAUGUAACAAACAAGAACUCUUUGUUCAAACUGCAAGCCAGGUAUGUCGUUGAGAGAAUGGAUGCUGAACUUUGGGAGAAGGUUCUUAACCCUGAAAACGAGUUCAGAAGGCAGCUUAUUGAUCAAGUUGUCUCCACUGCUCUGUCUGAGAGCAAAAGCCCAGAACAAGUUUCUGCUGCUGUUAAAGCUUUCAUGACUGCUGAUCUUCCGCAUGAACUGAUUGAGCUUCUUGAAAAGAUUGUGCUCCAAAACUCUGCAUUCAGUGGGAACUUUAAUCUGCAAAACUUGCUUAUCUUGACAGCCAUUAAAGCUGACCCUUCAAGGGUUAUGGACUAUAUCAACAGGCUUGAUAAUUUUGAUGGACCUGCAGUAGGGGAGGUAGCUGUAGAAGCCCAACUUUAUGAAGAAGCAUUUGCAAUCUUCAAGAAGUUCAAUUUGAAUGUCCAGGCUGUCAGUGUUCUGCUAGAUAAUAUCCGCAAUAUAAAUCGGGCUGUGGAGUUUGCCUUCCGAGUUGAAGAAGAUGCUGUUUGGAGCCAAGUGGCUAAAGCUCAACUGAGAGAAGGAUUAAUCAGUGAUGCUAUUGAGUCGUUUAUUCGUGCAGAUGAUACCACCCAAUUUUUGGAUGUUAUUCGUGCUGCAGAGGAUGCAGAUGUUUACCAUGAUUUGGUGAAGUAUCUGCUGAUGGUAAGACAGAAGUCAAAAGAGCCCAAGGUUGACAGUGAACUAAUCUAUGCAUAUGCUAAAAUAGAUCGAUUGAGCGACAUUGAAGAGUUCAUUCUCAUGCCAAAUGUUGCUAAUCUACCGAAUGUUGGUGACCGGUUGUAUGAUGAAGCCUUAUAUGAGGCUGCAAAGAUCAUUUUUGCUUUUAUUUCUAACUGGGCCAAGUUGGCUAGUACACUUGUGAAGCUAAAUCAGUUCCAAGGUGCUGUUGAUGCAGCACGUAAAGCAAGUAGUGCAAAAACGUGGAAAGAAGUCUGCUUUGCUUGUGUUGACGCUGAAGAGUUCCGCUUAGCUCAGAUUUGUGGGCUUAACAUUAUCGUACAGGUGGAUGAUCUGGAGGAAGUGAGUGAAUAUUACCAAAACAGAGGAUGUUUCAAUGAAUUGAUCUCCCUUAUGGAGAGUGGGCUGGGUUUGGAGCGUGCCCAUAUGGGUAUUUUCACAGAACUUGGCGUCCUUUAUGCCAGAUACCGUUACGAGAAGCUCAUGGAACACAUUAAGUUAUUUUCCACCCGUCUCAACAUUCCCAAGCUUAUCCGUGCCUGUGAUGAGCAGCAACACUGGAAAGAACUUACAUAUUUGUAUAUCCAAUAUGAUGAAUUUGACAAUGCUGCCACUACUGUCAUGAAUCAUUCUCCGGAUGCUUGGGAUCAUAUGCAGUUCAAAGAUAUUGUUGUCAAAGUUGCUAAUGUGGAGCUUUAUUACAAGGCCGUCCAUUUCUAUUUGCAAGAGCACCCUGAUCUUAUCAAUGAUCUUUUAAAUGUUCUUGCACUUAGAGUGGACCACACCCGUGUAGUCGACAUAAUGAGAAAGGCUGGUCAUCUUCGCCUAGUGAAGCCUUAUAUGAUUGCUGUUCAAAGUAACAAUGUUUCUGCUGUAAACGAGGCCCUUAAUGAGAUUUAUGUUGAAGAAGAAGACUAUGAUAGAUUACGUGAAUCAGUUGAUUUGCAUGAUAACUUUGACCAGAUUGGCCUUGCGCAGAAGAUUGAGAAACAUGAGCUUCUUGAGAUGAGGCGGGUUGCUGCUUAUAUCUAUAAAAGGGCUGGUCGAUGGAAGCAAUCUAUUGCUUUGUCGAAGAAAGAUAAUCUUUACAAAGAUGCAAUGGAGACUGCCUCACAAUCCGGGGAUCGUGAACUUGCUGAAGAGUUGCUUGUUUAUUUCAUUGAACAGGGGAAGAAAGAAUGCUUUGCAUCGUGCCUGUUUGUUUGUUAUGAUUUGAUUCGCCCGGAUGUUGCCCUUGAGCUUGCGUGGAUGAAUAAUAUGAUCGACUUUGCAUUCCCGUACCUGUUACAGUUUAUUCGCGAAUACACUGGCAAGGUUGAUGAGCUAAUAAAAGAUAAAAUUGAGGCUCAAAAUGAAGCAAAAGCCAAAGAGAAUGAAGAGAAGGACGUUAUGAAGCAGCAGAAUAUGUAUGCUCAGCUGCUGCCCCUGGCUUUGCCUGCUCCACCGGGUAUGGGAGGUGCAGGUAUGGGAGGAGGCUUUGCUCCACCACCACCACCUCCAAUGGGUGGAAUGGGAAUGCCUCCCAUGCCUCCAUUUGGUAUGCCACCCAUGGGUCCCUACUAAUCUAAUGGUGCUUCACAUACUGGUGUGAACAAACACUACAAGAGAGAAGCAGACAAUUCAGGCCCUUUUUUGUUAGAGUUAGGGCUGUUUCCCUUAAUUCUUUCAGUUUGCAGUUGUUGAUUGCUGAGGGGCAUAAUUGGAGGCUAGAUAAUUGACCAUUCUGUUGUGUCAUAGGGUGCUAAUAACUCCUUGUAAUAUUCUUUUAGUAGAGGCAUUUUUUGCAGUUAGGCAGAAAGUUGAGGAUGUUCAUAUUAUUCAGAACCAAGAAGAAGAUGCAAUAUAUUGUAUUUUGUACUAGUUUCUGGGCAUUCAAAAUUUUGUACUAUAUAUCCAGGUUCGUCAUCUUCUGGAUAGUCUUGUUUGAACGCUUUAUAUAUAGUCAACUUCAUGGGUAUACCUUUUAGCUGUUAA